GAAGACGUCUAACUCGGGGCCCAAUGAAGAGCCAAUUUGUCCACUAAAUCCGGUUCCCUAAAACCACGUCUUCCCUUCUCACUACAUUUCAUUGCCCAAAGUCCCCACAUUUCCCGGCCCAUUUAGAGCUCCUUGCCCCGAUAUCCAGCCCCCCAUCGCCCCCUUCAAAAUCCCCACAACCCCCAUUUUCCACAUCCACUCCCACCAUUUCAGUGUUCUUCCACUGGAAUAGCCAACUAGCGACCGGAAAAACUAACCAGCCAAGCCAAGCAAUGGAGCCAUGGCUUGACGACUUAGCCGACGACCUCCAAAGCAUGAGUUUCAACUCCACCACUACAGCCACCACCACCACCACCACCGCCACCGACAUCCACCGUUCCACGAGUUCCGGUUCGGAGACCACCUGGACUGCAACCUCCUCCUCUUCCUCCUCCGCCCACCACGUUUUCCCUCUUCCCCCUACAGCCCACCAAAAGCCUCACUCCUCCACUCCCUCCGGUGACCCUUGCUGGGACGCCAUCCGUCGCGCCCGCUCCUCUUCCCCUUCCUCCACUCUCUCCCUCUCCGACCUCCGCUUCCUCCACCGCCUCGGCUCCGGCGACAUCGGGUCCGUCUACCUCUCCGAGAUCAAAUCUCCCGAGCCCCCUCCUCCUCCUCCUCCUCCUGCUCAGCAUUCUUCCUCUACUCAACCGGCGCUUUUCGCCGCUAAAGUAAUGGACAAGAGAGAGCUGGCGGGCCGUAAUAAAGAAGGAAGAGCGAGGACGGAGAAGGAAAUUCUCGAAAUGCUAGACCAUCCAUUUCUGCCCACGCUCUACUCCUCCAUUGACUCUCCGAAAUGGUCGUGUCUGUUAACGGAGUUCUGCCCCGGCGGCGACCUCCACGUCCUCCGCCAGCGCCAGCCGUUAAAACGAUUCCCUGAAUCCGCCGUCAGGUUCUACGCAUCAGAAGUGGUGGUGGCUUUAGAAUACAUCCACAUGUUGGGAAUCGUUUACCGUGAUCUUAAGCCUGAGAAUGUGUUGGUCCGAUCCGACGGUCAUAUUAUGCUGACAGAUUUUGACUUAUCCCUAAAGUGCGACACAUCUACGUCAACACCGGCUCAAGUGAUCUCCAAACAAAAUCCACCCAAUGCGCCUGCACCAAAUGAGUACAGCAUUGAUCCACCAGCUUUUACCUCAACUUCAUGCAUUCUUCCCAGCUGCAUUGUCCCUGCUGUUUCUUGCUUCCACCCUAAGCGUAAGCGAAAGAAGAAGCCAGGGCAACACAACAGGCCGGAGUUCGUGGCCGAGCCUAUUGACGUCCGAUCAAUGUCGUUUGUCGGGACACACGAGUAUCUGGCGCCGGAGAUCGUCUCCGGGGAAGGUCAUGGUAGUGCAGUGGAUUGGUGGACGCUAGGGAUAUUCAUUUUUGAGCUGUUCUAUGGUGUGACGCCCUUUAGGGGAAUGGACCAUGAGCUCACACUGGCUAAUAUCGUAGCUCGAGCCCUUGAGUUCCCAAAAGAGCCGGGGAUACCGGCCGGCGCGAAGGACUUGAUAUCACAGCUUCUCGUGAAGGAUCCGGCGAGGCGGAUGGGAUCAACCAUGGGUGCAUCAGCCAUCAAACACCAUCCCUUCUUCCAUGGAGUUAAUUGGGCACUUUUAAGAUGUACAUCUCCACCUUUUGUUCCUCCUCCAUUUAGUAGAGAUGUAAUAUCGGAUGAAAAUUGUUCAGAAGACAAUAAUGCCCCCGUGGAUUAUUACUAAUUACUAUGAAUAAUGAGAAGAAAAAAAUUUCUCUAAUGCUCA